AUGAAAAUUUUUUUUCUCCCUCGUUUGUUUAUAUGCAGAUUACACCCAUUCUUCAACUAUACUAACAAGUCACAUGACACACCAUUUUCCGAUGUAUGGGAAAAAGAACAAAUCACUCGUGAUGAUUUCGAAAAGGAUCACGAGGCCGGUGAUCAUGACGAUAUACCAACAUUGGCCAUGAAGGCAUCCGAUGAAGUGUUGGCUACGAGAAAAAUAUUGAAGCCUAAGCGAAGAAUAGACUCUAGUAUACUGAAUAAUAUUGGAUUCAAGGGGUUUGGUGCAUCUGCCGGUAAUAUACCAGGUAAUACCUUUGGAUUUACCAAGACUGAUACUACUUCUUCCAAUGACAAGAAUGCAAAAAUUAGAGCAUUGAAUGAACAAUUUGUCAAUGCAAUCAACCAAAAGAACUUGCCUAAUUCCAUAGUGGAUUAUACACCAAUUGCAGAAAAGUACAUCAAGUAUUACAAAUCUAUUACUGAAGGUGUCAGUCUGGUGCCUGCGCCUAAACCACAAGCAACUGCUGAUGCACCAGCAAACCCGUUUGCAUUCAAGAAAACACACACGCCUGUUGCCGGAGAAUCUUCUAGCUUGUUUUCAUCCCAACCUAAACCAACCCCUUCUACUGCUGGACAAUUCACUGCCCCAACUACCACAUCAUUCCAAUUUGAACCAAAAACAGAAACCAGCAAACCAUUUACAUUCUCCGCAGGUGCAUCUAAACCAGCAGAUGCAACUCUGGUUCCGAAAUUUGUAUUCCCACUGAAGGAACCAGAAACUAAACCACAAGAACCUGCUCCUAAGAAAACCUCCAACGAAGUAAUAGACAUUGAUUCAGAGCCAGAGUCAGAUUCAGAUUCAGAAGACGACAAUAUGGAGACAUCCAAGCCUGAAAUCAAGGUACAAGGUCCUCAAUUCACAUUGAGUGCCAAACCCUCAACUAAGAAUUCUCCAUUUACUUUCGAUCCAAAGAAGUUGGCCAAAAUCAAUGCUCCUGAUUCCGAUGAUUCCGACGAUGAAGUUGUCAUUAAGGGUCCUACUUUCCAAUUUAAUAAGCCUAUUGUAGAUAGUGUGUUCAAAUUAGGAAAGUCUGACAAUGCUGACAAGGAGAAGCCCGCUUUCUCAUUUGGCGCAACUGCAAACAAAGAAGUUGCACCUUCCAAACCUGAACCGGCAAAUGAUAAACCUGCUUUCUCAUUCGGAUCUAGUGCACAAAAGAGUGAUGAUAAACCAGCAUUUACAUUUGGACAAACUGCCGAAAAGAAGGACGACAAACCGGCAUUCUCAUUUGGACAAACUGCCGAAAAGAAGGACGACAAGCCGGCAUUUGCAUUUGGACAAACUUCCGAAAAGAAAGAUGACAAACCUGCUUUCUCAUUCACUCCAUCAGAAAAGAAGGAAGAUAAGCCAGGACUUUCAUUCGGAUCAAGUCAAACCACAGAUAAACCUUCAUUUUCAUUCAAGCCAAACAGUGAAGCUAAGCCGUUUUCAUUUGGUUCAUCUGCACCUGCUGCUAAUGACAAACCAGCUGACAAACCAGCAUUUUUGUUUGGCUCAACGUCUGCCGCACCUAGUGAAACUAAAGACAACAAGGCUGCUGCAUUUUCAUUUGGAUCCCUGAGCGAAGCUAAACCAUUGUUUGGAUCAACCACCGAGAAUAAGGAAGAAAAGCCAGCAGCGUUUUCAUUCGGUGCUAAGCCAGCUGUCUCUUUUGGUGGUGAAGCUCCAAAAUUCAAUUUCGGAGGUGCUAGUUCUGCAUUUGCUAAACCUACCGAGGACAAACAGGAAUCUAGCGAAACCACUCAGAAGCCAUUGUUUAACUUUGCCUUUAACCCAUCUAAAAACGGCAGUCCAUUUGGAGGAGCAGCAGCAGCAGCAGCAGCAACCACCAGUUCAUCUGCAGGUACAGCAACUGAAGGAGGUGACGAUGAUAAAGUUCCUGAAGAAGAAACCGGGGGAGAUUUCACGCCAGUUGCUCAAUUAUCAUCUGAAAAGAUGGAGCACGUUUCCACUGGUGAAGAGGAUGAAAUAGCCCUUUACACCAAGAGAUGUAAGUUGAUGGAGUUGGACACCUCCAACACUGAAAACCCAUAUAUCAACAAAGGUGUGGGAGACUUGAAAGUGUUGAAACACAAGGAAACUCAAAAGUCAAGAAUUUUAAUACGUGCAGAUGGUGGAUUACGUGUGUUGUUAAACACUGCUAUUGCCAAGGGUAUCAAGUAUGAGAGCAUGGGUAAUGGAUCCUUGGUUAGAAUUCCUACCGUUGAUGCUGCUGGUAAGUUUGUGACGUUUGUGGUUAAAGUCAAGACCCCUGCUGAUGGAAGUGACCUUUUAAAAGCCAUUACUGAUGUUCAAUAAUGUAUAAUUAUAUAAAGUGCAGAAAAAUGUUUAUUUAAUCAUUUUAAUCGUAUCUAUAAAUUCAUAUUCGUAACCGACGUUAACUCCAUUAUCACCAAGUAAAGUAUGCAAAAUCUCUUGGUCUGUUCCAAAUAAUUUAUGCUGGAUUUUCUUCAUGUAUCCGAGAACCAAUUGGAUUAUGAAUUGUUCAUUGUUUUCACUAAGCAAGACGAUAUCAAGGAUGUGGCUCGACAAGUCAAAUGAAAACAAAUUGGUGCAUAGACCUGCCACCAAGGUGGGCAAGUAUGCUAAUGGUUCAACAUUCCGGACUUUGAAAUGAGUAUACACCCGAUCCAACUGGUCCUUGAAUGUCAACUCAUAUUCAUAAUGGAUGUAGUCUGAUAUCGAGCUGGCGAUUAUUGGUUGAUUUUCUGGUGCAGCCGUAAGAUAGGACAACAUCAUGUUGGGUAACUUCAUUUGGAAGAUGUGACAAAGAGUAAUUAAUGUUUUGUACAUGCUGCCCUUGUACGUUCGAUGCAAAAUUGCUGCCAAGUUGGGUAAGCCAGAAAUGGCAGCGAGGGUGGAAAGGUCACAGCUAGUUUGAUGGUGCCAAUAAAGCAUGAAGGCAACAAUGACCUGGGUAACUUUGUCAAUAGGGAGGUGUAUCUCGGGGUAAAGGUGUUCCAAUUUCUUGGAGAUGGUUUGGAAGAUGGUAGUCCAUUGUGUAAGGGUAUAGUUGUGGAUACUGCAGUUGAGUUCUGUCUUGAGGCCAUGGUUCAACUUCAGAAGUCGUUGUAUCAGUUUCUGAUGGUUUGGAUUUCGUUGACACAUAUCAACCUCAUGCUGUAAACGUUGCGAUUGGAUAAUCCUAUCGUGGAUCAACCCAACUUCGUGAAAGUAAUAAUCGCAGAAAGUGUCAUUAUAUUGUGACUUUUUAAGUUGUUGGGACUUCCACCAUACUUUGGCUCUAACUUCCUCAUCAACACCACGCCAAAUGCACUCGUCAAUGUUCUUCAACUGAGUGUCCAAAGUCAGCUUGGCUUCCAAAUAUGGAACCCAGGUUGAUAUAAUAUCUUUCUGUCGUUGUUUGUUCAACUUGGCAAUGGUUUUCAAUCUCCGCUGUUGGAGUUUGGCUUCAGCCGAAAUAGCAUGGUUUAUGAGAUUUCCGGCCUGGUGCUGGUGUUUAAGUUUAUCAUGAGUAGAUUUAGGGGGAAGCCAUGUAGGGCGUGUAUAAGUUUGGUAUCUGGUUUGUUGUGGAGGUGUAGGGCGGGUCGGUAUCUCGGGCAAUGAAGGCGACUUAGGAGGAAGCCUAGGUAAGGAGCAACUUGGUUUCGACAAGGCUGGCAUGGAAACAUUGACCUUUUUGAAAUCAGCAAGGAUCUUGCUAUGUUCAAGGAACUCAUCGCAUAUUCUCGCCGAUUCUGAUUUGAAUGCAAGCUCUAGUUGCAUGUUGUCUGCUUCUCCCCAGUCAUCUGAGGAAAGACUCUCACUGGAACUGAAUACACUUGAUGCUGCUGUGGAUGUUGUCGAUGCGGUGCAUGUCAGGAAACGAGGGCAGGGGAUAUUGAAAAGACUAUCCAUGGGAUCUAUUAGUUCGUCUUUAGUGUCAACAUAAACCAGCUGGCGAGGAAGUGAGUUAAACUGGGAGGAUAUGGUGUGGUUUAUGUUUAGCUUGCGGAGUUUCAACCGCUGAGAUGGGGUAAGAUUUGCCGGGAGUGGGUUGACUUGGAUGGUGUAUUUGUCGUAGGGCAUUGGUUUUCGCGGCAUAAACUGGGGAUGCGCAAAUGUUUCCGAUAAUGAGAUUUCUUCGAGGCAGUCGUCGUUAAUCAUCUUGGAUGAUUGAAGUGGAUGAAGAGAAGGUCAAGUAGAACAAAGAAACAGGAGGAUUU